CCAGUAUCACGCGCUGUGGGUUCCUGCAGAUGGACUGUUCUGGGCGGGAACCCGACAUUCCCUGGAGCGUUGUGUGGCUCGAGCUCAGCAGAGCAACACUGACUGAAUGAACACUUGGCCCGUCUCGCCUUGACCCCGGAGCAGAACUCUCCCCAACGCUCGACACUCUGCCCCCGAGGCCGAUUAACUGACCAUUAUCAAUUCCACAUGCUAGGGGUGCCCGAAUUUCCUCGAACAGAUUGGCCUUCAAUCUUAAUGUCUCGGCGUGGAGGAAAUAGUGGAGGCGAAGAGAACAAGACGUCGUCGAUCCCAACAAGAAAAACAAUCCCGAAGUCGAAACCCCCGAGCUGCACGUGCUGCCCUCUGCCUCAGGCAUCAUCCACCGUUUCUCUAGUCUCAACUCAUUUUGAUAGAAACCAUCUUCUGGCUGCUUCCAGGAGGCCCAAAGGCUCUCUCUUCCUACGAAGACACGGUCCUGUCUACAUUCCAAACACCGUUCAGGAGGCUUUCCUGCAGAUAUGGGAGGCGCUCUGCAAGCCUCUACUGUACUUUGAGGGAAUAAUUGGCUUGAGUCCGAGAAAGCAAGGCAGGGAUAGACGCAAGGGGGGUUUCUAAGCUUAGUUGAGCCGAAAUCUUAUCGGAGAAUAGAUACGAUAUCAACAUGAUACUAGAUUCGGGGGAUGUGAGGCCUCAUACAGAUAUUUCAAAAUUAUAGAAUAG